AUGAGUGAAGCGGGUCGGGUGCCCUCGCCCGCCGCGCCGCCGGAGGUGGCAGCGGCAGCUCCGGACGAGAGGAAAGGGAAGGAGCCUGAGCGCGACAAGCUGCCGCCCAUCGUGUCGGCGGGCGCCGGAGCUCCUGCGGCAGGUUUGGACAGAGGAUCCAAAGGCCAAAUUUCCACUUUUAGCAGUUUUAUUUCAACUGUUAACCAGAAGAAAGAAGCCGCUGAAAACAGAAGUUCACCUACACAUCUUGUUUUCCCUAACAUCAAGAAUGUGAGAGACCUACCACCAAUUUGCCUUGAUGUUAGACAAAAGCAGCGUGUUUCUAUAGAUUCAUUACCAUCUGAAAUGAAGGCCCCAGUUCUUCCAGAAUCUGUCCUUCCUAACCAGGCCAAAACUAUGAAAGACUUUCAGGAAGAUAUAGAAAAAGUUAAGUCAUCGGGAGAUUGGAAAGCAGUACAUGAUUUUUAUCUAGCAACAUUUGAUUCUUUCCCAGAAUUAAAUGCUGCAUUUAAGAAAGAUGCCACCGCCUCCUUUAAUACCAUUGAAGAUUCUGGGAUUAAUGCUAAAUUUGUGAAUGCUGUAUAUGAUGCCUUACUUAAUACUCCUCAAGACAUUCAGAAGACAGUAUUGAAGGGAAUCAUUAACAGCCUAUUACAAGAAUGGAAAGGUCCACGAACAAAAGAUGAUCUUAGAGCAUAUUUUAUACUUUUACAGAAUCCUCAAUUUAAUAAUACAUCUACGUAUGUCAUCUAUGCUCACUUGCUACGACAGAUAGCUACCUUAGUGGAAGCUGAUCAUCAUUUCCUAGUUCACUGGUUUAAAAAAUUAUCCCAGAAGAGGUUCAAACAAUUGGUAGAGAGAUUGCUGCAAUUUAUUUCUUUGCGCCUGUUUCCUGCAAAGCCUGAAGAAUUUCCACCUAUAACAAAGUGUUCCUGGUGGAUCCCAUCAGCAUCCAAAGUGCUGGCUUUACUUAAUACUGCAAACAGUUUGGUUCAUCCUCCCCUUAUUCCUUAUACUGAUUUCUAUAAUUCAACAUUGGAUCACAUUGAUCUCAUGGAAGAAUACCACACCUGGCAGAGCUUUGGAAACUCUCACAGGUUUUCCUUCUGUCAGUACCCAUUCGUUAUUUCUAUAGCUGCAAAAAAAACCAUUAUUCAAAGAGACUCAGAACAACAGAUGAUAAGCAUCGCAAGGCAAAGUCUGGUGGAUAAAGUAUCUCGAAGACAGAAACCUGAUAUGAACAUGUUAUUUCUAAAUAUGAAAGUAAGACGGACACAUCUGGUUAGUGAUUCGCUUGAUGAGUUAACCCGGAAAAGAGCAGACUUAAAAAAGAAGCUGAAAGUUACAUUUGUAGGAGAAGCUGGUUUGGACAUGGGUGGCUUGACUAAAGAAUGGUUCCUUCUUCUAAUUCGCCAAAUUUUUCAUCCAGAUUAUGGCAUGUUUACAUAUCACAAGGAUUCACACUGCCAUUGGUUUAGCAGUUUUAAAUGUGAUAACUAUUCUGAAUUCCGAUUGGUUGGAAUUCUUAUGGGACUAGCUGUUUAUAACAGCAUUACCUUGGAUAUUCGUUUCCCCCCCUGCUGUUACAAGAAAUUAUUGAGCCCUCCCAUCAUUCCUAGUGAUCAAAAUAUACCAGUAGGCAUCUGCAGUGUGACCACUGACGACUUGUGUCAAAUUAUGCCUGAGUUGGCCCAUGGGUUAAGUGAACUCCUAUCCUAUGAAGGCAAUGUUGAAGAAGAUUUCUAUUCAACGUUCCAGGUUUUUCAAGAAGAAUUUGGAAUCAUUAAAUCCUACAAUUUAAAGCCAGGUGGUGAUAAAAUUCCAGUUACCAAUCAAAAUAGGAAAGAAUAUGUGCAGCUUUAUAUUGACUUUCUUCUCAACAAAUCCAUCUAUAAGCAGUUUGCUGCCUUUUAUUAUGGAUUUCAUAGUGUGUGUGCUUCAAAUGCCCUGAUGCUGCUUCGCCCAGAAGAAGUUGAAAUUCUGGUCUGUGGAAGUCCGGAACUGGACAUGCACGCUCUGCAGAGAAGUACUCAGUACGAUGGCUACGCAAAAACAGACCUAACGAUAAGAUAUUUCUGGGAUGUUGUGCUUGGAUUUCCUCUUGAUCUUCAAAAGAAGUUGCUACAUUUUACUACAGGAAGUGACAGAGUACCUGUAGGAGGGAUGGCUGACUUGAACUUUAAAAUCUCAAAGAAUGAAACUUCCACUAACUGGUUGCCUGUGGCCCACACCUGCUUCAAUCAACUUUGCCUUCCCCCCUACAAGAGCAAAAAGGACCUAAAACAGAAAUUGAUCAUUGGAAUUUCAAAUUCAGAAGGUUUUGGACUUGAGUAACCUAGAAGACUUGAAAUAUAUUUUAUAUGUAGCAUUCACUUCCCUCUUAUUGUGCCUUUAACCUUUUCAUGUCUCUGUCUCACACCACCUUGACAAAGCUCACCAACUUUAAGAUACUGAUUUUUUAAAAAUCAAAUAUAAAAUAUGUUUAGUGGGGGAGGCAUGAUUUUCUAAAAACACAGAAAUUGCUUGAGUGAGGAAAAGACCAGAUGUCAGAGACAGGUGUGGGUCUAGGCCCUCUUUUUUAUAGCACUUUAUGAUUCUCCAUAGGUCGUUCCGCACAGGUGUUCCACUGGGAAAGCAAAGCCCAGUGAGGAAUGCCCUGACCAUGUAGUGGAGCCCAGUGGGGCCCCAUGGCAGACUGUGCUGCUGGCUCACAGUGGCAAAGCACACAGCUCUGUUCUCAUUCACGUGAGGCAUGUAGCCAUAUUUUCAUAUAGAGGUAAACGACAACAGUAUAAAUGCAGUUUACAGGGUUUUUGUUUUUGUUUUU